CAAUUCUGGAAGUAUGUGUUUGAAUUUAUUUUGCUUUUAGACUUUUAAGGCUCAUUUUUUUUCCAAUGUCUUUGUUCAAUGAAAUAGUGAGAAAGAACAAGAAACUAAAGGAGAGGACCGUUUGAUGGAAGAAAAGAAAAAGAAAAAGCAAGAAGAGAAGAAAAAGAAGGAAGCUGCUCAAAAAAAGGCUGCUGAACAUAAAACCAAAGUGCCAGAACCUACCAAGACCAGUCAAAGCCAGCCACAGCCUGCCAAUUCCUGCAACAGCACUUCCACGACCACCAUUACUAACAGUAGUGGAAACAAUGGCAAGCGAGCUUCUAUCAAUUGUCAGCAACAGGCCUUGUCCCGCUACCCACCUCGCGAAGUGCCGCCACGCUUCCGGCAUCAAGAACAGAAACAGCUAUUGAAAAGGGGUCAGCCACUACCACCUGGGACUGUCAUCAGCAAUAGUUUAGCACAAGUUACAGGGCAAGCGGCAGCAAAUCCUUCUCAGCACAGUGUUCAACAGGCAUCAGGUGGACAACAGCAACUCCAGCAUCCCAGCAAAGGACAGACAGAUCUUAGCCACAGUGGUCUGGGAACGCAAUAUGAAAAUUCCCACUGGGGACAGCCCCCCUUUCGGAGUGAACCAAACAGCAUCUGGGAUAAAGUGAUAAUAGACGGAAGUGACAAAGAGGCUUGGCCUUCCAUUUCUGGUAACGAGACUGAAACUGCCUCAGAAUGCACAGACACUGACUCUGCCUCAAAUUGUGGCUCAGAUAAUAAUAGCAUGGCUACAGGGAGUGCACCAGGCAACUUCAAUGGACAAAACAAAAAUUGCAAUAAUGGUGGCAAUGGAGCACUUGUCCAAAGCAGUUCAAACCAGAGUGCCAUUGGAUGCGGAGCAAAUGGCGGAAAUGGAAAUUCAUCCAGGGUGUGGGCUGUUGCCCCAGGGUCUGCCCCUGGUGUAGGGCACUGCUCUGCUCCCAGUGGAAAUGGAAAGAUUGAUAGUAUCGUAAGUGUAAAUCCAAACUGUUGGGGCACUUCUACACCUACUGCUGGUAUUAAUCUGAAUCUUAAUCCCAAUGCCAAUCCAGCUGCUUGGCCUGUAGUUGGCCAGGAAAUUCAAGGAACUGUUGGAGGAGGAAGCACUUCAAAUAUUUGUAGUCCAAGUAAUCCCAUUGAUCAGAAUUAUGGUAACCCUAAUAAUGGUCCAGCAGGUACAUUGAAUACCUGGGGAAAUUUGCUGCAGCCAGAGAGCACAGAUACACAAACGUCCACUUCACAGAAUGUGUCUUUCAGCAUACAACCUCAGAACCUUAACACUGAUGGACCAAAUAACACUAACCCCAUAAACUCUUCACCAAAUCCUAUCAAUGCAAUGCAAGCAAAUGGAUUGCCCAACGUUUCUGUACCAGGAGGCUGGGCAAUGACAGUAGGCAUGGGUACAAUAAACCCAUCUCAUCUUCAAAACCUUUCUGGUGGUGGUGGGUCAUCUGCAGUUUCUCAACUCAGCGGGCGCAAUGGCGAAGGAAUGAACAGUCCUUCAUGCAACUCAGUGUGGGGAGUGCCACAUACUAAUCCUACAACCACCAACAGUAACUCUGCAUUUAGUCAGGGGAAUGGAGACACUGUGAAUUCUGCAUUAAGUUUAAGUGCUAAACAGACAUUAGCAAACAAUUCCAAUAACGCUGUGCAAAAGGAUGUUGGAAACAAUGCUUGGGACUCCGGUCCCCCGACCAGUCCUAGAGUACUGCCAUGGACAAGGGCUGGUACCAUUGGGGGCUUGCACUCUGGUCCCAGUAGCAUUGGAGCUUGGGGUAACACACCAUCUAACAGGAACACUAGCAAUGGUGUAAAUGGAGAAUGGGGCAAACUCUCUAACCAGCAUUCCAGUAAUGAAGCAAAUGGAAAUGGGAAAGGAUGGGAGGGUCUUUGUGUUAACAGCCAAACACCUGCUUUGCAGCAAGGUAAUGAACAAAUUAACUCUUUGGCCAAACCUUCUGAUUCAGGUACCACUGGUAGUGAGGGAAGUAAUGAAAGUGCUGGCAGCCAACAUGAAGGAAGCACCAGCAGAAGUGGAGGAAGGCAUAGUAGUAGCCGACGAAAGGCUGAUAAAGGGAUGAAUGAACAGCAAGGGCUGGUCCAGAGUGUUAUGUCAAAGCCAGAUCAUGACCCUAGAGUCUUGUGUAAUUCUGGAUGGGGACAGACACCAGUAAAGCAAAAUAUUUCCUGGGAAAUUCAAGAAUCCCCUAGGUCUGAGCGAAAAAAUGACAAUGGAACUGAGGCCUGGGGUUCUGCUGCUGCCCAGUCUUCAAACUCAGGGGCGAGAAGUGAUGGGUCCAGCAUAAGCAGUACGAAUACCUCUUUAGUAUCUGGUUGGGGAAAUCUUCCACCAACAGUUAUGUCUGAUAACGCAGGUUGGGGAGACAAAGUGUCUAAUAGCCAGGGGGGAUGGGGAGAUUCUGCUAAUUCUACUGCUGCUGCUGCUAAAAGUGGCCAUGCCUGGGGUGGGGUUUCUAAUCAGGAGGAGAAACCACCAUCCUGGGCAGACUCUCAGAAACCCAAGUCUCAAAAUUGGGGUGAAGGACAGAAAACCAAUCAAGGAUGGACAUCAGGAGGAGUGGGAGUAGUAGGGAGUGGUGGAGGAGAUUGGACUGAUACUGCUGCAGGACCUUUAAGUGAGGCAAAAAAAAAUGGAUCUAGUUGGGAGAAUGAAAACAACCAUACUGGACCCAAUUGGAAUGAGACAACCAGAUCACAGGCUAGUGGAUGGAAUAGCGGUACCAACAGCAAAUCAAGUUCAAAUGCAGGCUGGGGAGAGCCUUCAAAGUCAAAUGCACCACAGAACUGGGGAAAUAAACUUCAGGAUAAUAAUCUUAGCAACUGGGGAGGAGCUGCUUCUGUUAAACAGUCUAGUUCGGGUUGGGUUGGUGGAUCUUUGCCUACAAAACAGAAGGACAGUGAACCCACUGGCUGGGAAGAACCUUCCCCACCAUCUAUUCGCCGCAAAAUAGAGAUUGAUGAUGGUACCUCUGCUUGGGGAGACCCAACCAAUUAUAAGAAGACUGUAAACAUGUGGGAUAGAAACAAUCCUGUGAAUCAAAGUAGUAGCAACGCUGUGGCUGAACAACCACCUCAGCCCCAUCAGUCAAGUGCCACGCAAAACCGGUCCCCCCUACUUGGUCCAGGUAGGAUUCACUACCAUUUCAAUUUUCUUUUACAAACAUGUAAUUAUGUUGAUAUAUGUGAUGGAAGUCUGAUAUUUUCAUGAAAUUCUGGAAACAUACCUGAAAUUCCUGAAAGAGAAAUUGCAGGAUGCACACUGCCAUUUGAAUCAUGAUCUUUAUGCUUAGGUAUGCAAUGCUAAAGUAAUUUGACCCUCAUCUUGAUUCCUUUCAAGGUCUGCUGCUUUCUUUUUCUAUCUGGCAAAGUGGGAAGGAGGGUGACUUAUUACAAUCACUUGCUGCUCUAAAAUUAAUGAGUUUCAUAUGCAUUAGGGCAGCUUAAAUUGACUACUGUGUAUGUCUGGCAGUCAGUAAAUAUACAAUAUAAUGGGAGCAAUUUUCUGAAUAGCUUUUCGAACAUGGAGUUUUAGAUAUUGGGAGUCAUAGAGUCAUUUAAACAUAGAAACAGACCUUUCAGCCUACCAUGUUUGUGCUGACCAGCGAACACUGAAUUAUGCUAAUCCCGUUUACCUGCAUUUGGUCAGUAGCCUAUGUGUGGCAUUUUAAGCAUUCCUCCAGACACUACUAAAAUGUUGUGAGCAUACCUACCUCAAUCACACUCAGGCAGCAUGUUCCAUAUUUCUACCAACCUCUUGGGGGGGGGAAAAAAAAAUUCUCAGAUCUCCUCUAAGUCACUUACUCCCCUCCUUAUGUCUUCUGAUCUUAGAUACAUUUGCCACAGCAUCCUCUCCAGUGUAAUCAUCUCUUCUGAAAUU